UGAGCACGUGGUGUCGGCGCAUGCUCAGGGCAGGUCUUCCGCCAUUUUUACCACAACAUGUCGGUUUGCGGUGGUAGUAUGCCAUGAUACAGAGAUUUCUACAAUGGGCGAGACGCAUUUGAGUCUAGAGUUUCUCGAUCGCUCUGGCCUCAAGCCUGAGGAACAAAAAGAAUUGGAUGAAAUCCUCAGCAAAAGUUGCAGAUAUGUAGAACUACCAUGGACAGAGCAACAGGCAUUCGUUCUGGACAAUGCCAGUCUCCCUGAACCAGCACUGCCAGAAGCAGUACCACCCAUGGAAUCACCUCCUGUGAUCACUGAGGUGAUCUCCACACAUCCAGAGGUGAUCCCCGUGACAUGUACUGUGGGGCCACCCUUCCCUGGCCUCCACCAUGCCCCUCCUCCGCUCCCCAUGGGUGUCCCGCAAGGAGAAGGGGGGGCACAUCCAGGGGAACACUAUAUCCCUCCACACUUGCCCCUGAGGUGCGUAGUGUUCCCUCAGCCCCCCCACACCGUGUAUGGCCAAAUCCUGGGACCUCAUGACCUGGUGUACGACACCCUUCCCCCUGCAACAGAGCAGCAGCUUCCAUCCCAAGCGAUACUGCUGGAAAAGGGUCCGGUAGAAGGCCCCGUGAAACGUGGUGGUCGCAGGGGUCAACAUCGGGCCAGUAAAGGAGGUGGAAGGGCUGUUCCCGUUGAUACUGCACAAAUGGAGCUGCUGGAUACUGGCGAUGCUCUUUCAUGGAACCACCCGGCCGCACACCACCCAGGGGCUGCCAUGCAGUACACAACAGCUGCCCAAUACCUGCCUCCGAUCUACAUGAUGGGUCAUGCUCCCCACUACGCACCACAGACCUAUUACAGCAACCACCCACCCCAAUACGUGCCCAUGGUACCUGGCAGCGAGUCCUUGCCCCCUCUUGCUCCACCAGCAUCCCUGGAGGUGCCGCCCCCUAUGAGUCAUCCCCCUCCAUCUCUGCUUCCUCUACCCAUGGUGACAGAGGCAGGGUCCCUGUCCUUCACGACGGUGGACAGUGUGGAUGCUGAGAAACCACUAGAGUCUGUAGACCCCCCUGCAUCUGAGACUCACUUUGAGGAGCCAGCCCUUGGUGAAGCUCAGGUUGCCGACUGCCCCCCUACUCCACCCAAGACUCCCGAGGUGCAUCAUGCUUCGGAACUGAAGGAGAAGGCUCGUACGCCUGUUAAGGAGGCACCACCCGUAGCUGCCGCUGUCUCAGAGUCGCCGCCAGCAGAGGUGGUUCCACCACCGACGACCACCAAGCCUGUCGCAUCCACAAGAACGCCGCAACCGUCCCCCACAGCUGCUCCAUUGAGCACGCCUGUCGUGAAUGGAACGGGGCAGAGAUCCUGGGCCUCUCUCUUCAAGGGGAGCAGCACUCCCUCUGGAGAAGCCGGCACUCCUUUGGCCAGGGCUGUGUCACCCUUGCAGAACGAGUCGAUGAAAGCAGAAACCUCUACUGAGGAAGAGGUUGUGCCUCAGACUGAAGAAGAUGAGCAAGACUUGAGCCUAGGCCGUGCACUGCACAACUUUGUCGUGAGCCACGAGCCUCCAUUCAUCCAGCCUAGAGGCCUCGAGAAUGGCAAGAAUUGGUGCUACAUCAAUGCUAACUUGCAGGCCUUGCUGGCAUGUCCUGCAUUUUACAAUUUGAUCUACAACCUUCCGCUCCUACCAGGCAUGCAAAGGGUCUCAUCUCGUGCACCCCUCAUUGAGUGCCUGCUACACUUCCUGCAUUCAUACUCAACACCCCUCACCACUGGUUCUGGCAAAAAGAAGGAUGAAGUGGUGAUUGGGCCAACGUACAGCCCAGAGGCUUUCCGCAACUUCUUGAUCAAAAUCAAGCCGGACUGCAAAAAGGGCAAGCAGGAAGAUGCUGAGGAGUUCCUAAGCUUCGUGUUGAAUGGGUUGCACGAUGAGAUGGUGGCCUUGAUGCGGACUGUGCAAAAUGGAGUUAAUGGACAGUGCAACGGCAGUCCCGAUGGUGACCACCAUAGGAAAGAGCUUGAGGAGGACUCUGAAGGUGGAGCAUGGCGCACUAUGGGUCACCGCAACAAGAACAUGGUAACUCGUACAGCGGAAUCCUUGGCUUCCCCAGUUCGAGAGAUCUUUGGUGGCGUAAUGCGGUCGUGUGUGACUGCAGAUGGCGAAUCAUCUGCUUCCCUCCAGCCAUUCUUUACGCUUCAACUGGAUAUCCAGGACAGAUUUGCAUCGGUGGAAGAUGCUUUGGCUCACCUAGCAGCUGAGGAGUGUGUGCAGGAUUACUGGAGUGCCAAAAGCAACCAAGAGAUGGAAGCACAGCGUCGCACUACCCUCGAGAAGCUUCCGCAGGUGCUCAUUUUGCACCUGAAACGCUUUGUGUAUGAUAAGAACGGAGGCUGCAAGAAGCUUAUGAAUAGCAUUUCCAUCCCGCAGAAGCUGGAUUUGGACCGCAGGUUACUCUCCAAGGAACGCACCACGAAUGCGAAGCGACGUAGCUAUCAGCUCUUUGCAGUGUUGAGCCAUAGUGGUGAGCGCACAGACAAAGGACACUACGUCACCGAUGCAUACCAUCCUGCCGGUCGCUUGUGGCUUCGCUGCGAUGAUGAGUCUGUGACCCCCAUUGCCCCAAAUGACCUCCUGCGGUUUGAAACUUCCCUGCUGCCAUAUCUCUUGUUCUAUAGGCGACUUGACACCUUCACGCAGGCACCACGGUGAGGCUAGUCAGGUCCAGCCACAACAGCAGCAGCGACUCUUGUGGCUCUAGCUAUCCCAUGUGUGGGUUUUAUGGGGUCUUUCGUCUCUGGGCAGUUUUCUCUGUACCAAAGACUGUGUUAGGUGGUGCACUCGGCCGAGGCCAUUUGAGCAGAGAGGAACUUUUAGGGAAGGAAGAAAAAUUGUUUAAACAGACCCUCCAGGUGCGACAGGAGUUGGGUCCCACCUGACUGGUGGGAGCAAAAUUUUUUUGAACACGUGCAGGCAGCAGUGUUUGGGCUUGAGGAGUUCUGCUGCUGCUCCCAAGUGGCUGUGGGCAGAAGAGGUGGAAAAACAAUGCCAUCGUGAACCCAGAGAUCUGUGUGGUGCCUCUCAACUGACAGCGAGGUAUUGAAAGCAAGCAGGCCUGUUCUGGUGAACAAGGAUGUGUGUGGUGUGCGUGUGUGUGCAUGCAUGCUACAUUUGAUCUUAAGUGACUUUUUAAGUGUGAUUUUAGUUUCGCAGGCUGCGGGAACAUUUUUCGGUGGGGUUCUUCGAUCUUGCCAACGCACGAGGAGACUGGUGUCGCCAAUGCCUGCUGCCUUUUUCUCAGCCUGUCAUAGUUGCGUGAAAUGCCGUCUCAACAGAAUUUCCUCUGAGUGUAUUUAUUCUCUGGGCAAUUUUUUUUUUUUUUUUUCCUUGGAGUCUCCCAACUCCUGUCUUUAAAAAAAAUUGAGUCAGACCACACUUCAUUUUUACCGCUGCAUGCCUAUCUGUAUGCACGAUCAAUGUACAUAAUACCCUGGAAAGUGGAGGUUUGGGGGGGCGGGGGGGGAACCAAUGACAAAAUUGAUUCCUGUCGAAGUGCCUCAUCUUCGUGACGAUGGAGCUGACUUUUCUCUUUUUUCUCCCCCUACGAGUUGUUUUCAACACAAGUGACUGAAGCGUAGGUUAGCAUGUUGAAUGUGUGCAAAUGUCUUGCAUUAGUUUUUUCUUUUCUUUUUCUUUGUCUGCUCGCAUUUUGUUAUCCAUUGCUCGGCUUCCCCAUUCAGGUGUUGACGUCCCUUGCCCUGCUUUAGAGGGCAAGUGAAAUUAACGGUGCUCUGUGAAAAGACCUGGCAGUAGACAUUCCUUGGAGUAGGAAAAAGAUGCUUUGGUUUGGAGACUGUGUAUAAAAAUUUAGCAGUGAAGGAAUGCCAAUAUAUGAUAUUGGAUUGUUUAUGAACAUGCGUGUUCUUUAGUGUUACUUAACUUCGUGACAGCUCUUAUCAACCCAUGUUGUAGGUGCAUGCUGCCACGUUUGAAACUGUGCCUAGAGUUCUGAAUUACCCUCGCAAUGUUCGAUGCAGUCGUUUUAACUGUGAUGUGUCGUAUUCACUUCACCAACCAUAACCAGAGUGCACUGCUUGCAACGUUAAAAUUUUUUUUUUCCUCUUCAUUGUCGUCUGGUUCGGCAUGUGUUCGGGGCUCCGGUGCAGCUUUGAACCAUCGAGCUAGUCAGGGUUGUUUUGGACGGCUAGUUGGCUAGCUGAUGCUAGGUGUUGGCACUUCAAACUGUUUUUUAACCUUUCUGUACAUAGAGGUGUGAAUGACGUAUGUAUACGAGUGUGUUAUAGGUUCUUGAAGUGUCUGCAGGUAUGCAGCUAAGUUAAGCAAGCAAGCAAAAUACUACUACAUAGUGAUGCAAGUUGAGCCUUUGUGGAAGUUAUUUUUCUUUUGCGUGUUCCUGGGAAAACUAAUUUGUGUAAUUGGUGGUGAGUCGGGGGGGAUAAGCCAUUUCAAGAAGUCUUCAGAUUUUGUGGAGGAAGAGUACAUAUACAUAUAUAUUAUAUAUAUAUAUAUAUUUCUUACAUCGUGUACAUAGCUAGGAAUUGCUUCACAUUAGCAGGAGAAAUGUUGGUGACAGUUGUUCUUUUUCCCACACAGUGGUGUACCUUUUCUGUGCUCUUCAUUGGGGUGUAUCUAUGCUUUUAUGUGAUCACAAAAGUUGAAUACUGCAUUGAAACCUGCAAAGUGUGAAUAGGAUUUUUUAAAAUAAAAACUGUUCUUGCAAA